AUGCAAAAGAUUAUAUUGAUUAUUUAUCUAUUAUUUGUUAUCACCAACUCCGCCACAACCUACUCUGAUUAAGAUUUGAUGAUUUUGAUUGAAAGAUCACAAAUUCGAGGAGAUUACUAGGAUGUUGUAAAUGAAAGAAGUGGAGCUUUGAUUUCAAAUGCUAGACAGUUAACAUUUUAUGGAGAUCAAUUUAAUAACAGUCCAUUAAGAGAUGCCAUCUAUGAUAUUGCUGCCGGUAGCAAAGGUUACGUUUUAGCACCGGUGCUAGGAAAAAUAAGGCUUGACUUAUUGUAAGAAUACGAAAUUAAUACUAUUGUAAUCUGGUUUUAUGACCUUACAGCAAUUACUUAUAAGUUUAAAGUAACACUAGUUUACCCUGAUGACAGCGAAGAAGUUGUUUACACUAAUUCUUCAGCAGCUGGUGGAAUUUAUAGAGUAACAUUUAACGAUUCUUUAGUGAAAUCAUUUUUAAUCACUGAUAUUUCAGGAACUUAGCCCUUGUAGGUAAUUAAGAUUCAGGCAUUCUAUGCAUUUUGAUGAAUUAAUAUAUUACACAAAGAGAAUAAUUAUGCC